UCCCCACCAGUCACAUGGGCUCAGCGCUCCUCGGCUUCUGAUGUCGAGCGCAACUACCUCUACGUCAACCUCAAGGCUGCCGAUGUACCCAAGUCCGCCGCUACCCUCGACCUCAAGCCCACCAGUGUCACCUUCACCGGCGACUCCAAGAAGGGCGUAAAAUAUCACGUCGAGCUCGAGCUCUAUGGCGAAAUUGAUCCCGAGAACUCCAAGGUCAACCACAGCGACCGCGAGGUCGAGCUGGUCCUGCGCAAGAAGGAACUGAAGGAGGAGUUCUGGCCCCGUCUGCUGAAGACCACCCAGAAGAUCCACUUCCUCAAGACCGACUUCGACAAGUGGGUUGACGAGGAUGAGCAAGACGAGACGAACGAGGACGACUACGCCAACAACUUCGGCGGAUUCGAAGGCAUGGGCGGCAUGGGCGGCGAAGGCGGCGGUCUCUCCAACAUUGACUUCUCCAAGCUCGGCGGUGCUGGUGGUCUGGGUGACCUGGGUGACCUGGCUGGCGGUGCUGGCUUCGGCGGUGCUGCCGAGGGUGAGGAGGAAGAUGAUGAUGACAUGCCCGAGCUCGAGGAGGAGGGCCAGUCCAAGAUCCAGGAGGUUUCCUAG